AUGGAGGCGACCAAGGAGAGGCGGGAGCAGCAGCAGCGGAAGGCCGCCGGCGCCGGCGAGGACGGCGACUCGGUGCAGCUGCCGACGGAGACGAGCCCGUACGUGCAGUACAACAAGGACGACGGCCUGGAGGACUACAAGAUGCGCGCCUACGGUGCCAAAGGCCACCUCCCCGUCUCCGACCUCCCCCACGGCGGCACCGGCACCGACGCGCCCACCAUCCCCGGCACCGCCCUCCCCACUCAGCAACUCAACCUGCACGGGCGCCAGCAGCCGCAGCGUGGGCAGGGUGGGGACGCUGGCGCUGGCCGCGCCGACGAGGCGGCCACCGACACCAUCAACCGCCACGGCGUGCCGUAG